GGAAUACAAAAACAGUCCAAGAAGAGACUCCUUUGGAAGAAAAUCCUGAAGAUACCGAUUUAAAAUUUCGAUAUGAUUUGCUUUCUGCUGACCAUGAACAUUUAAAAAAAUUAUUAACUCAAUAUUCUUCUCUCUUAUCUCAGGAACAUGAUAUGAAUGAAAAACUUGAAAGAACAAUCCAAGAACUUGAAGAUGAUAUUAAAUUUUUGAUUGAAAAUGGAGAACUUUAUAAUUUCAAUGUAGAACUUGAACCUUCUCGUGAUGAACUUACAGGCGAUGAAUCCUCUCA